AGUCGCUCUGCUCUGCAAUAACGUUUCGGUGUCUCUCGUUUCUCCUCCCCCUUCCCCAUUUCUCCCCCAUCACCCUGCCCCUGCAGGUGCUAUGGAGCUGAAGGGCUGUGUGCUCUUCCUGGCCGUGGGCCUCCAGGCCCUGGGUCUCGCCUCCUCGUGCCCCAGCGAGUGCACGUGCUCUAAGGCGUCCCAAGUGGAGUGCGUGGGAGGGCGCAUCCUGGUAGUGCCCAGCCCUCUGCCCUGGGAUUCGAUGAGCCUGCAGAUACUCAACACCCACAUCCGAGAGCUGAACGCGCAGCCCUUCCUCAACGUGACGGCGCUCAUAGCUCUCCGCAUAGAGAAGAACGAGCUGUCGCAGAUCGCGCCCGGGGCCUUCAGCCACCUGGGCAACUUGCGCUACCUGAGCCUGGCCAACAACCGGCUGCAGACGCUGCCCGGCGGCCUGUUCCAAGGCCUCAACAACCUCGAGUCGCUGCUGCUGUCGGGCAACCAGCUGCUGCACGUCAGCCCGGCGCACUUCGCGCCCUUCAGCAACCUGAAGGAGCUGCAGCUGCACGGGAACCGGCUGGAGAGCAUCCCCGACGGCUGCUUCGACGGCCUCCCGGGCCUCGUCAAGCUCAACCUGGGCCAGAACAACCUGGGCCGCCUGUCGCCGCACCUCUUCCAGAGGCUGGGCCAGCUGCAGGUGCUGCGGCUCUCCGAGAACCAGCUGUCCGAGAUCCCGUCGGGCACCUUCGACGGCCUGGGCAGCCUGCAGGAGCUGGCUCUGCAGCAGAACCAGCUGCGCCACCUGGCGCCCGGCCUCUUCCAGGGCAACGGGCAGCUGGAGAGGCUCUACCUGUCCAACAACCAGCUGGCCACGCUGCCGCGGGGCCUCUUCCUCAACCUGCCGCGCCUCAACCGGCUCACGCUGUUCGCCAACGGGCUGCGGGAGCUGCCCGCCGGCCUGUUCGGCCACAUGCCCUACCUGCGGGAGCUCUGGCUCUACGACAACCAGCUGCAGCACCUCCCCGACGGGAUCUUCGAGCCGCUGAGCCAUCUGCAGGUCCUGGUGCUGAGCCGCAACCAGCUGCAGUCCAUCGCCCCCGGCGCCUUCCGCGGCCUGAGCGCGCUGCGCGAGCUGUCGCUGCACAGCAACGCGCUGCAGAACCUCGACGGCCAGGUCUUCCGGGCCCUGGUGAGCCUGCAGAACGUGUCCCUGCAGAACAACCGGCUCCGCUUCCUGCCCGGCAACCUCUUCGCCGGCGUCAAUGGCCUCACCACCCUGCAGCUGCAGAACAACCAGCUGGAGACCCUGCCCGUGGGCAUCUUCGAUCACCUGGGACAACUCUGCGACGUCCGGCUCCAGGACAACCCGUGGCGCUGCGACGCCGGCAUCGAACCCCUGCGCGCCUGGCUCCUGGCCAACAGCGCCAGGCUGGGCGGCUCGGACCUGCUCCCGCUCUGCUCCAGCCCGGCCGAGCUCCGGGGCCAGGCCAUCAUCGUGGUCAACGUCAACGCGCAGAGCUCCAGCCCGAGCUACCCCAACACGCCCCAGUACCCGGACACGCCCCGGUACCCGGACACGCCCCAGUACCCGGACACGUCUCGGUACCCCGACACCACCUCGGUCUCCUACACCACCGAGUUCACCACGGUCGAGGAGGACCAGACCGACCUGACCACCAUCGGGGACGUGGCCGACCGCGAAGGGUGGGGCAUGACCAGCGCGCAGAGCGGUCUGGCCAUCGCGGCCAUCGUCAUCGGCUGCAUCGCCCUGGCCUGCUCCUUGGCGGCCUGCAUCUGCUGCUGCUGCUGCAAGAAGCGCAGCCACGCCGUGCUCAUGCAGAUGAAGGGGCCCAACGAGUGCUGAGGCGGCCGGGACGCCGGGAAGGGCUCCGGCCGGAGGAGGCCCCGAAGGCAGCGCCAGCACCCCGGCCCGCUGGCCCGCCUCUCA